UCUGUUUGUUCAAAACAGAUGACGAAGGAACAGCUUGCCAAAUUGUGCAAGACAAUUGUAACCUUCAUCGCACAGACCACCCUGCAGAUCCUGCUGCCAGCCCUGGCCCGCGUACUUGGGGUAAAGGACUUUGCUGACGACGACACUGACUCACCCAAGAGGGGUGGCAGUGCAAGAUCCUUUGCUGCCUUUGACAAGGAAAGACUGGAGCUCAUCCAGGAAGUUAGAUAUCUGGCGAAGAAAAUGUAUAAGGGCGGCACAGGGGCUCAACAUCUCAGGUCCCUAACACCCUCUUCUAAGAGUUCCCAGACCUCAGUGAAAGUCCACCUGGGAAUGACAGAGGACAGAAUCAUCAAAAGUGUCCAGGAGCAACUGUCUGAUCAUAAUAUCCUGUCCUCUUGCCCACCUGAGCUGACUGUUGGUCUUAUCAAGGUGGUGGUCGAACAGCUUAACUCUGCCCUCUCUGCGACCAUCAGCAGAGCCAUUUCAGGGCGGUCCUCCCCUAUUUCUUCUGGUACCCAGGCCGCUGAACAAAUGGUCAACAUGGUCCAGAAAUGUUUUGAUGAUCACACCACCCCAGAGGACCAGAGCUCUACCUCUGUAUUAGAGUCAUGCAUUCCACCUGCAACAGAAGAAGUGAUGACUGUUAUCGCAGAGAUGGUGGGUGAAUUGGAAAAAGAAGAUCCGGAAUUGGCUAAGGUUUUUCGAGAAGUGGCUGUGAAAGUUAAAAUGUUGGCAUCUGGCAGUGACCUUGUAGUGGAGCACCUGGAUGUUGAAGACUCUCCUGUUCCAGAGGAGCUGAACAUAAUAUGUACAUCUUGCAAAGCAAUGAUGCAAAAUCUUGGCACUCUGUUUAGUGUGAAGUUCAAGACCAAAGCCUCAAAGGCUGUGAGUGAAAUUCUUGUGAGAAGGUUAAUGAGCGAUAUCUCUGGUAUGGUUCAACCUUCUCAUUCGUUUAGUACCACUCCAAGCUUGAUGAAUGCAUCUAGCCCUUCUGACAGGAUCCUUGAUUCUGCGGCCACUGAGCUCAUACAGAUCAAAGUAGAAUCUGAGACAUCAAAAAUAAUUGAUAACUUUGUUGAAGAUGUCAAGGACAUUGUGCAGUAUGCUGAAUUAGAUCAGCCAACAAGCACCCAGAGAGAUACCCAAGUGGGACACUGUACGACAAAGCGGAAACCCUUCCGUGCAGCUCGUAGACUCUGCGAGAGACUUCAGGCAAAGCUGGAGACAUUGUUCCUCAGAAUGGGUGGAGCUCCAGUCCAAGGGGAAGAACUUAUGGAAAAAGCUGACUCCAGUGCUGUGCUUCUGGAGCAUACUGACUCCAGUGAUCUGCCUGUUUCAAUCCUGAGCUUGCCUUCCCCAUGUAGGAGUGAAUCCCCUAUAUCAGAACGUAGUUCAUCUUCUUUAUCUGAUGGAUGUGAUUCAACUGGCUCUGUAGGAGAGAAAACACCAGAGCAACCUGAAACCAGUAAGAGUGAGGCAAUACUGCAAGUGGUCAACUCAACAGGACUUGGUUCUCUCCGUAAAUGCCAAAGUGAGAACUCUCAACCAUUACUGUCUCUCUGUGAUUCCAACAUGGUGCCCUGCACCAAAGAGGUCUUGUCCCAGAUUGUGACCAUGUAUAGGUCAGAGGUGGCAGAUUUGGAAUGCACAUCAUCUGUUGCAGAGGGUUCCUCUUCCAACUCCCUUGAAGUCUGUGGCUUUUUGGACAGUGUCAUGUCUUAUCUAGAAGACAUGCCUGUGUCUGGUUCUUCAUGGGUGGAAGGAUUGAGAGAUACUCCAGCCUCAGUCAUUGAGAAACUCUCCAGUGAGGAGUUCCAGAUGAACGCUACCAAUGAAGUGCGAAAAAUACUGAUCAAAUCAGUCAGUAGCUUUCCCAGCAAAGUCAGUUCCAGCCAGACAGAUUCUCAGAUGUUGCCAGCAAAAUCAACAAUUUCCUUAAGGCAUACAGAUAUAACUGCUUUUGAAAUCGUUGGGUCAAUUACAAAUGACAUGAAGAGCCUUUUCCCACCCACAGAGUCUUCUACUACUCUAUGGCAGGCAGACUCUAUGCUUCAACAGAGUGAUGAGAAAACCUCAGAGUACACUGAGGCCACACCCAAAGGCUCACAGUCUGGUUUGGAAGUAUCUGAGAAGAAGAUCUGGACAACUGCAAAGACUAUUUACCACAAUGUGAAGACAAAGAUGAGGAAUUAUUUUACAUGGCAAAAUCAAGUCAAAGCAACAACGGCUCAAGCCAAAAAGACCCUCAGCCAUAUUCUGGUUUCAAUUCAGAAAGAGCUGUCAAAAUCUGACCAAACGGUGACUGCGCUUUCACAAAUAGAGAAUGUGGUUGGAAUGAUGCUGAAGGAUGUUGAAAGGGUAAGCAGUGAAUGUGGUGAGGAACUGAUCUAUCAAGCGUCACAGCGUUCUUCCUCCUCGUUGUCAUCCUCAUCUGCCAGAUCAAAGAAGUCAGAGUGGGAAUUUUCACUCCCUGGCACUCCCAUCUCUUCUGAUUUACCAGAGUGUAUUACUCAGCCCAUUGUGAGAUGCUCAGUCAUCGACAUGGGCAAAUCUACUAAGCCAAAAACAUUGGUGUGUGAUGCCAGGGAAAGCAUGUCUGCAAUAGUGGAUACCAUCAUAAAGGAGGUACAUCCAGAGGAAGAAGGGGAGGUUGCAUUCCACCCUGAUCUAACAGCUGCAAUAGCAAGACUGGAGGAGCUCAUAUCUCAGGGUAGGAUUGGUGCUCUCUCACGUGAUCUUACUCACCAAGUCAACCGCAUCAUUUCUGAGAGCAACUUGACCCCUCUGGUUCUGACAGUGGCGGCUGGAAAGAGUGCAUCCGAUACAGUCCUUACUGAGCUGAAGAGGAAUGACAAGACGGUGGGGAAGCCCACAGCUUACAAGCUGGUUCAGCUUUUUGCAGAGGAGUCUGUGAAGCGCCUCUUGCUUCCUAGCCUUGUGCCCUCUACAGCUUCAAUGAGUUUGGCUCAGGGAGUUAGUGUGCCGGCUAGCGUAUCUGAAGAUAGGAUUUCAUGUUCUUUUUCUACAUCAGCAUUUAGUGACACAGUCAGCCUGUUUACCAAAGUAAUGGUAAGCCAGGUCAUGGACUCUGUGGUUUCUGAUGCACAAAGCAGAGGGUCAUCUCCAACCGGAACUGUAACUGAUAUAGGCAGUCUACUGAGUGGUAAGUCCUACCCUCUGCCAUCUUUCUCCGCCAUCAGCAUGACAACAAGUGGGACCUCCAAUGCUGCACGAGGCUUUGAGGCCAACAUAGAUGCUGAGGAAAGGGAUACCAUCAGUUGUUUCGGUGUACCUCAGAGCAUUGUUUGUGAUCAGAAUUCAACCAGCCCGGAUGUUGCCUCGCUUUCAACCCCAUCCACUGACAACUUAGUCGGUGAUGAUGACUUCACCGGCCUCAUCAGCAUGUUAGUGGUGAGACUUCUGUCAAAAAUCCAAACCCAAACUGAUCUGUACCCAACUGACGUCACACGCACGUCACAAGACCUGAUUCCAAAAGUUAUAGCUGCCUUCUGUGCAUGGUCAGGCUGCUCUGAGACCCAAGCUUAUCCCAAGAACCUGAAGAGUCACAAAGUAUACAGCACCGUCUACAAACAUCUGUUGAAGGAGUUUGGCUCAGAGAAAAUACUCCAACUGGCCGUGUCGACUCAGGACUCCACAUUCAAUAGGAUUCUUGUGAAGUCAUUGAGCAAGGAGCUUCUCCACAGUUGUAACGAGGCAUCAAGAGCAGCCUCAAGAACAUCUUUCGAAGCCACCAGGCCAGAAGCUCUUCUCAUGGCUGAAGAUGUGAAGGCUACCAGAGGGAAGCUGUCUUUCCUACAAAGGCUUGCCAGACUGAAAUUCGACUUAAAGCCAUUCAUGAUGGGAAACAAGAAGGAUUCCAAGAAGAAUUCCCGCCAUUCUGAAUCCAAAGACCAGACUACUGCUGAAGAUAUCAUAUUGGCACAUCCUGGACUCCCAGAGGGUCUUCCCUCCACCUCUCAACAGGAGAAGCCUCGCAAACGUCCCCUUCUAAUCAGGAUGUUUUCCACCAUCUCCAUAGGCCUAUCCAAGCCAUUCAAACAGUUUUCAAAGCAAGCUUAAUACAACAAUUUCCUCUAAUACAGUAAUAUUUGCA